GCCUCCCAGUCGGAUUGCGGCUGAGGCCGGUCCUGGCUUUGUAACUCGCUCAAGAUGGCGGCGCAGCCACCCAGCGGGAUCCGCCUCAGCGCGCUUUGCCCGAAGUUUUUACAUACAAAUUCUACUAGUCACACUUGGCCAUUUAGUGCGGUUGCUGAAUUAAUAGAUAAUGCUUACGAUCCUGAUGUGAAUGCUAAACAGAUAUGGAUUGACAAAACAGUGAUAAAUGACCAUAUAUGCCUGACAUUUACUGAUAAUGGGAAUGGUAUGACUUCAGACAAAUUACAUAAAAUGCUGAGCUUUGGCUUCAGUGACAAAGUCACCAUGAAUGGUCACGUCCCAGUUGGAUUGUAUGGGAAUGGCUUCAAGUCAGGUUCUAUGCGUUUGGGUAAAGAUGCAAUGGUUUUUACCAGAAAUGGAGAAAGCAUGAGCGUGGGCUUCUUGUCUCAGACCUACUUGGAAGUCAUAAAAGCAGAACAUGUUGUUGUCCCAAUAGUGGCAUUCAACAAAGACCGACAGAUAAUUAAUUUAACAGAAUCAAAAGCGAGUCUUGCUGCAAUUCUGGAACAUUCUCUAUUUUCUACGGAACAGAAAUUACUGGCAGAACUUGAUGCUAUCAUGGGUAAGAAGGGGACGAGGAUCAUCAUUUGGAAUCUCAGAAGCUACAAAAGUGCAACAGAGUUUGAUUUUGAUAAGGAUAAAUAUGACAUCAGAAUUCCAGAAGAUUUAGAUGAGACAGCAGGGAAGAAAGGGUACAAGAAGCAAGAAAGGAUGGACCAAAUUGCCCCUGAGAGUGACUAUUCUCUGAGGGCUUACUGCAGUAUAUUAUAUCUAAAGCCACGAAUGCAGAUCAUCUUGCGUGGACAGAAAGUGAAGACACAGCUAGUUUCGAAGAGUCUUGCCUACAUUGAACGUGAUAUUUAUCGACCCAAAUUUUUAACUAAUAAAACUGUGAGAAUUACUUUUGGAUUCAACUGCAGAAAUAAAGAUCAUUAUGGGAUAAUGAUGUAUCACAGAAAUAGACUCAUCAAAGCUUAUGAAAAAGUUGGAUGUCAGUUAAGGGCAAACAACAUGGGUGUUGGAGUAGUGGGGAUUAUAGACUGUUAUUUCCUAAAGCCGACUCAUAAUAAACAAGAUUUCGAUUAUACUAACGAAUACAGGCUUACAAUAACAGCACUAGGAGAUAAGCUCAAUGAUUACUGGAAUGAAAUGAAAGUGAAGAAAAAUGCAGAAUAUCCUCUGACUUCGCUGGUUGAAGAUAUACAGAAACGUCCUGAUCAGACAUGGGUUCAAUGUGAUUCCUGUCUAAAGUGGCGAAAAUUACCAGAUGGGAUAGAUCAACUUCCAGAAAAAUGGUAUUGCUCCAAUAACCCUGACCCACAGUUCAGAAAUUGUGAUGUUCCAGAAGAACCUGAAGAUGAAGAUUUGGUGCAUCCCACUUAUGAAAAAACCUACAAAAAGAAAGACAAGGAAAAAUUCAGGAUCAGACAACCAGAAGCAAUCCCUCGGAUUCCUGCUGAACUCUUGUUUCCAACAACUCCUGUGUCAAGUCAAAGCUUUCCUCCCAUUAAGGAAAAUGUUCCAAGAGGACAUCUUUCAGAAGCGGCAAAUACUUACGCAACGAGACUUAUAAAUAAUCAUCGAGGUUCACCCCAGUCUGAACCUGAGAAUAACAGCCUGAAACGGAGACUCUCUACUCGUUCCUCAAUUUUGAAUGCAAAGAAUCGCAGAUUGAGUAAUCCAGCAUUUGAAAAUUCUUAUAAAGAUGAUGAUGAUGAUGAAGAUGUCAUCAUCUUAGAAGAAAACAGUACUCCCAAGCCUGCGGUAGACGAUGAUAUUGAAGUGAAAUUGCAACAGAGUCACAUGGAGCAAAGCGGUGUUCAGGUGGAGCCUAUGGGUGAUAAUGAACCGUGUGGCCAGACUAGUUCAACAGGCACCUCAUCAUCCAGGUGCAAUCAGGGAACCACUGCAGCCACCCAGACUGAAGUACCAAGUUUAGUCGUUAAAAAGGAAGAAACUAUUGAAGAUGAGAUAGAUGUGAGAAAUGACACAGCCAUACUGCCAUCCUGUGUGGAAACUGAAGGAAAGACACAUGAAACCCAGGAAAUCUUUGAUAAAUCUGCUGGUGAUGCUGGUUGCCAAUUAAAUGAAGUAAGAAAUGAGCUGCUUCUUGUCACCCAAGAAAAAGAAAAUUAUAAAAGACAGUGCCACAUGUUUACUGACCAAAUCAAAGUGUUACAGCAGAGGAUACUGGAAAUGAAUGACAAAUACGUGAAGAAGGAAACUUGCCAUCAGUCUACUGAAACUGAUGCUGUAUUUUUACUUGAAAGUAUUAAUGGCAAAUCUGAAAGUCCAGACCAUAUGGUAUCUCAGUAUCGGCAAGCUUUGGAAGAAAUAGAAAGGCUGAAAAAACAGUGUAGUGCUUUGCAACAUGUAAAGGCUGAAUGCAGUCAGUGUUCCAAUAGCGAGAGUAAAAGUGAAAUGGACGAGAUGGUUGUGCAGCUUGAUGAUGUAUUUAGACAGCUGGACAAAUGCAGUGUUGAGAGGGACCAGUAUAAAAGUGAGGUUGAAUUAUUGGAAAUGGAAAAAUCACAAAUCCGUUUGCAGUGUGAAGAACUGAAAACUGAAAUCGAACAAUUAAAAUCUACAAGUCGACAAAUUGGAGAUGUGUCAACGUCAAGUAACAUCGAGGAGUCUGUAAAUUAUACUGAUGGGGAAAGCCUCAAACUUCGAUCUCUUCGAGUUAACGUAGGACAGCUCCUGGCCAUGAUUGUACCUGAUCUCGAUCUUCAGCAAGUGAAUUAUGAUGUCGAUGUAGUUGAUGAGAUCUUAGGACAAGUUGUCGAGCAAAUGAGUGAAAUCAGUAGUACUUAAAGUGUAUUUUAUGUGAGAUAAUAAAAUAUAUUUGCUCCGUCUUUCUGGUUGUAUAGCUUUCAAAAUUUAAGCAACUUUGUUAUAGAUAUGAUAUGGAACAGACUGAAGAACCAUAAUCUUUCCUGUAUUCUAUGCAUUCAAGUGUGGACACAAAUAUUGUGGACACAUUAUCACACCUUUUGAAAUGCCUGUGAAUCAUUGGUAUUGAGCAGCUACAUAGCUAACUCAUGAUUCUGCUUUGAAAUGUACAUAUUUAUAAUUAAGUCACACAUAUUUUUUUAUUACCCUAGAGGACUCAAGUGUUUUUCACCAAGAGGUUUUCAGGUUGCCCCUAACCUUUGUGCAGUCUUUUCUGGUUCCCCAAAGUGUAUUUUUCUCUGACUUGAGGGCUGUGCCAUAAUAAAAUGGAAAUGUUACCUUUGAUUUUCUUACAGAGAAGUUUAAAACAGGGUUUUUAAAAAUGGAAUAACACUCCUGAUAAGUUGCAAGUAAUUGAGCAUUAAUGUUUCUUUUCUAUAAAUUCUUAUCUCCUGAAAUAUUUUAUUCAUGAACAUUAAGCAGCAACUCCAUCCAUUUUGCCAGGAUUUUUGUGUGUGUGCUGAGAUUGCCGAUCAUGGUUAUUAAACACACAGUGUUUUUACAGAAAACAACAAUGACUUUUAGUCUACAAAUAGUAAAUGCCGCACCGCAUUUACUUUGAAGCCCAUUUUUGGCUGCUUAGUCCGCAUGGAGUGGGCACAGUAAUUGUUCAAUAUUUCUUUUUGUGAAAUUUCCUGUACAGCCUUUUGUAGGAUUACUACAGGUCAAUAUGAGUCGAGGAAGACAAUCUUUCUCCAACAGUACUGCAUACCUUUUAUUAUAUUACAUACCUAAGUGUUUAUAUCCUGGAGUUAAGCAACAAACAACCUAGGAUUAUAGUAUUACAUGCCAUAAAAAUUAUGCUUUACUGGUCCCGUGUUUUGUGCAAUUAUAAAGAGGUGGCUUUCUAUUAAGUAUAACUGUAUAUAUAAUUAAGAAUCAUAUUUUCCACAACUAAAAUGUGCAUUAUUUUUUUCAAAGUUUUAUCAUUGCUAUUUAUUUUUACUUUUGUUUCUGAACAUUGAAUACAUGUUCCUUUUGUAUGCUUAA